UUUUAUCUAUGAUUUGAAAAAAAAUAACUUAAUUGUUAGUGUAGUCGUAGAGAGAGCAGAGAGGAUGAGGGGAAGCAGCAAGACAACGAAGAAGAUGAAGCAAAAGGAGAAGAAAGAGGACGAUGAAGUGGAACAAUUGUUGAGAGCUGCACAAGACGAAAUCAUGUUGAAUCUCUCCGUCAACUCCCACAUCGCUCAUCACCGUGCUUCUCCUUCCACCGCCGAUCUCGACCUGGAACGUCGAUUUCAAGCCCUCAAAACGAAGACCAAAGAUCAGACGCCGCAGACUCUGGUUGGAGUCGAUGAUCUCGCCGCCAGGCUCGACGCUCUCAAAGCAAAAUCCUCGCCUCCUCCCUCCGCCGCCGCUGUGGCUGCAUCGAAGCUUGUAUCUGAUUACGAAGAGGAAAGCGAAGAUGACGAAGAGGUUCAGAUUCAGAAAUUGAUUGAGUGGGCUAAGGAUGCGGCGCGUUUAGAUCCUUCUCCGCCGUCUCCGCCUGAAUCUGAUAACGACGACGAUGAUGAUGAUCAUAGCAAUUAGCAAAUCAUAUAAAUAACUUUUUUUCCCAUUGUUAUUUGUUAUGGUUUUUGUACUGUUAGGUUGUGUAUUCAAUUGAGAUUCAACCUUUCUCUGAUU